AUGGUAGUCAAAACUUACAACGUCGGCGUGAUAGGAUAUGGAAUGUCCGCCAAAGUAUUCCACAUCCCUCUGAUCCAAGUAACGCCGACCUUCAAACUUCACUCCAUCGUCCAGCGAACCCCCAAACCCACCGACGAUGCGUCCAAAGACCAUCCCACUGCCAAAAUCUACCAUUCCGCCACCGAAAUGUUUGCAGACCCCUCAAUCGACAUCAUAGUCAUCACCACCACACCCGACACCCAUUUUACCUUCACGAAAUCCGCUCUCGAAGCUGGCAAGCACGUUCUGGUCGAAAAGCCAUUCGUACCCACCUCCGCAGAGGCACAGCAGCUCAUUGACAUCUCCGAGAAGACGGGAAAGCUGAUUUGUGUAUACCAGAACCGUAGAUGGGAUACAGAUUUUUUGACUGUACGGAAGUUGAUGGCGGAUGAUACUUUGGGCAGAGUGGUGGAAUUCGAGACACACUUCGAUAGAUACAAGGCUGUGAGGCCAGAGAACUGGAAGGGCAACCUGAGUAUGGAUCAGGCAGGAGGCGUGUUGUAUGAUUUGGGCACACACUUGAUUGAUCAAGUCUAUGUGCUGUUCGGCAUGCCGAAGAGCGUUACGGCUGUGUUUUCGAACCAGAGAAAUGAUGGCGAGGCAGAGCCGGACAGUCUUACUGUCCUGCUUGGGUACGGAACAAAUGGGCCACUGGUCACAGCGAAGGCGGGUGUGAUAUGUGUCGAGACCGAGCAAUUGCGGUAUUGGGUCCGUGGGGCGAAGGGAAGCUUCAAGAAGUUUCAUCUUGAUGUUCAGGAAGAUCAGCUAAAAGCUGGAUUAAAACCAGGCGACAAGGGUUUUGGGAUUGAGAGUGAAGCUAACUCAGGGACUUUGGUUGUUCUUGAAGGGGGCAAGCCGAAGUCGAGUGUCUUCAAGAAUGUCGAGCCAAAGACAUAUGCUACACUCUAUGACGGAUUUAUGAAGGCAAUUGAAGAUGGUGGUGAGAGUGCUGUGCCUGUCAAGGCAAGUGACGCUUGUGAUGUUUUGAAGAUUAUCGAGGCUGCGAGGGAGUCUGCCAGGACCGGAAAAAGUGUCACUUUUUAG